AUUUCAAUGUUUAGUCGAAUGAAAACGGUCGUCGCGAGGUGUAUUUGAUUGGCUCGCGGUACGGACUUUAAGGUGCGCGCGCCCUAUUAAAGUAUUCUAGCGGGAUCAAGAUCGAUCGGGGUGUGCUGCUGUGGUGGGGGUUACUUGUGUCUGAUUGUAUAUGCAAGAACUGUGUUCUUAGUGGAGCUCUAACUCUAUAGAAAAUAGUAAACAGAGUGGGUGGAUAGGAGGAAAGCGAUACGGUGUGAAGUGUGGCGGAAGAAAAACUGGUCUAGUUGGUAUCCUUGUAGAGUGGAGGGUUCAGCCUGGAGCGGAGAUUUUCAACACUGAAAUGAGAAUCAUCCCGGCUAUAUUUCUGGCGACGGUGAUCGUCAUCACCGUGGCAUUCCCAACACCCCAGGAGAGCAAAACGACAUCCAAAACGGAGCCCGACGAACAUGUGCUGAUGGUGAAAAAGAUAGAUAUCCACGUUGAGGUCAAGUCUCUACCGGUUGAAAAGGACACACCAACAACGGCCUUAGUUUCAGAAAUUAGUGAGCUCUUAAAAAAUCCCAAAAAAGACGUAGAAAGCCCUGAAACUCCGAAGCUUGCAGAUGCGGAAACGCCAGCUCCAGCUAAAUCAUCGGAGUCCAUUGAAUCCUCAGAGGUGGUUAAAACGCCAGAAGCGUUAAAGUCGUUUGUAACUGAAACAUCACCAGAGGAGCUAAAGCCGGUAGAAGUGGUUAAAGAAACACCGAAGGUUGUCGCAGACUCUUCAAAAGUGGCUGAUACAGCCGGAGCUGAAGAAGGGCCAGCGGAAUUAAAGGACGAGAAAUCCGAUGUAAAGGUACUACACACUUCGCUAGACCAAGCUGUUGAAGCUACAUCCAAGCCCAAACCAGCCAUAGUAGAAGCUUUGCAACAAUCUGUUAUCGACGCAACAGCAGAGACCAAGUCAGAUGCAAGUGGAGUUGAAAAAACAGUUCCUACAGAACCGAGUCAAAUUUCGACUGUUUCUGAGACCAAGAAAACUGUAGAGCUGGAGCAGAAAAUCGCCAAAGAAACAGAAGAUGAGGUUAAAACUGUUGUAGGAGAAACCAAAACUAGUGAAACAAGUAAGCCAAAGGCUAAUAAAAAUGAUUCUGAAGAGAACGACUCUAGCGAAGAAGCUUCGAAAGAAACAUCUAAGGAAUUAUCAACUAAGACUUCGGCAGUUGACACUAAAGCCACUUCAGUUGAAACUGUGAAGGUCAAAGAUACAAGUGUGGUAAAAACCAACGAAGAAGCAAGUGAAGCUAAACCUGACGAAGCAGCACUAGAGAAAUCACUACCAGUGCUGACUGAGAAAAAUGAGCAGCAAACUAAAAGUGUUGUAGAGAAAACUGUUACAUCAGUUGAAAAAGAUCUGGCGAAUAAGAAACAACUUAAUGUGGUAGAGCCGCAAUACAGAACAAUUCCAGUUACGAUCGUACACGAUGAUCCAACAGUAGAGAACAUUGCUGUUAAAACAGUUUCUUCGGAAGAAAUCACACAAAAGAAGGAAGUUCAACCUGAUGGUCCAGUAGGAAGCCAGGUGCCACUGAACAACGACCCUGUUAUCAAGACUACUGUUGCAACUACUGCUUCUGAGGAUAAUCCUGUGACCGUGGUUGAACCUGUAGCAGUGGUAACCCCGGAGAAGUCUGAAGCCAAGUUGUCUGCAGUAAAAACAACUGAAGCAGAGAUAACCAAACCUGAAGAACAGAAAACGACCACAGCCGAAACAAAAGCAGAGGACAGUCCUGUUGUGGGGUCCGCAGAUAAAGUCAUCAGCCUUACUGGAAGUAUUGAUGAUGGCUUGAAUAAGAAAGAAGAUACCUCUGUAGUGUCUGCUGUUAAAGUUGUAAAAGCAGUAGAACAACAAGAUACAGUUAAAGCAGAACCACCCAAAGAACCCAGCGUUAAAAUAGUGGAAUCCGUGAAAGAUGAAGGGAGUUCAACUAAAGCCGCCAGUGAAGAUAGCGAAUCGUCUGAGGAGAAAGUUGAAAAUUCGAGUAUCAGUCGUAGUACAGUAGUAACUAAGGCAUUAAACGAUGCGUCUAACAAAGGUGAAGUUACGGAGGAAGCCAAGGAACCGGCUACAGAACAAGCAGAUACGACGACGACAGCUGCUACAACAACUGCUUCCGUGAAGUCGGAGGGCAAGAAGGGGAAGAAGAAGUUGCCAGGUUCGAACAAAAAACAGAAUACAAUCUAAUAUUCGAGGAUACAGUAAGCGUUUGCAUCAGGACCAGAAGAAAUCGGAAUGAGCAUCGGUGACUCAACUGGAAUGUGUCCCACUAAGCAAAAUAAAGAUUGCUACAUCUUCACCGGAAUGCACGUGUAAUCUGUGGACAGAUUGUAGCCGCGUGCCGAUAAAUUCUAUUUAAAAUUUUAAAAUAGUUUUACUCAAAUGAAACGUAAAAGUUUUGCCAAUAUGAUGGAAUCAACAUGAAGAGAGAACAGCAGAUCGAUCAGUUUGUCCAGUGUUGUUAUAUUACGCUUGUAAUAGGUUAAGAUAAAUAUAAUAUUUAAUCUAGGUAA